UACGCGUUUAAGUAACGCGUGGAAUCAAUAUCUGAAAUCAGAAGAGAACACUCCUUUCGCUAUAAAUAUUCAGGCAGCGGAAACACCUCUCUUCUUCUCACAUUCAGUUCUACUUCGACCGCACGUCUUGCAGAGCGCUUUUCAAGGUGAUAGUUUUAAUUGAGAUCAGAGAGAAUGGGAGGUGGAGAGGAUAAACAUAAUGAAUCUGACAGAGGGUUCUUCUCUAAUUUGGCCCAUAAUGUUACACACGGGCAUCCACCUGGUGGGCACUACCCCCCUGGACAGUACCCGCCUGCACCUGGAGGUUACCCUCCACAAGGCGGCUAUCCACCAUCUGGCUAUCCACCGCAAGGGGGCUAUCCACCACAAGGGGGCUAUCCACCACAAGGCGGCUAUCCACCACAAGGCGGCUAUCCACCAUCUGGUUAUCCACAGCAAGGCUAUCCGCCAUCAGGUUAUCCUGGUCCAUCUGGUCAUCAUGCUCCAUCUGGUCAUCAUCACUCAGGAGGGGGAUCUAUGGGAGCCAUGCUAGCAGGAGGUGCUGCCGCUGCUGCAGCCGCCGCUGGUGUUGCCCAUUUGGCGCAUGGCAGUCACCAUGGUCAGUAUGGUCACGGCAUGGGUCAGUAUGGUCACGGUAUGGGUCACUAUGGUCAUGGGAAAUUCAAGCAGGGGAAAUUCAAGCAUGGCAAAGGAAAGCAUAAGGGAAAGCACGGAGGAUUUGGCAUGCACGGAGGCAAAUUCAAGAAGUGGAAGUGAUUUACUACAGAAUAUAACUAUGAUUUAAUCCUGGACUGUAAAAAUUAAAGCAGCCAAUGUGUCUGCUAUAUCUAGUUCUUUUACUUUCGGAUGUACGCGUGUGAUUGAUGUCCACCGGCGCUAGCAUACUGUUGUACCGGCAACAUGCACUUAGUUACUGAGAGCAGUUGAGCGGGAAAGAAGAAAAUAUAGUUAUGUUAUGAUUGUUAUUUGGCCUGAUGUGUAGGCUGGGGUUUUACUUGUUUCAGUAUUUCGGCUUGCAAUAUGUAUGAAAUGACUUAUAUUCCUCAUAACUUGUUGUCUAUUUUGUAUAAUUA